GUAGUUCAAGUGGAAUGAUUCCGCCUACAUGAGACCAUGGAAACCUGGUGUGUAUAGACCUAAUGCACAUGUUCUUGUUACAAAACUAAAACGAUUAAAGAAGAAACGCAUAUUUUGGCCUGUUAAACAAUGACUCAUCUGUUAGGCCGUCAGGACUGUAUCGACAGUCUUCGGAGAGAUCUUAUUGAUUUACAGGGAGCGGUGCUGGAUGUUUUUUCUAAGACUGGACCCGUCCGUUUCCCUUCAUGGAAGUUUCCCGAUAAACUGUCAUGUAAUCUGGAUUUGGCCAGUCUUUUAGAAGAAUAUGAUUAUGUGGAUGGUGAGGAGGAAUUCAGUCAGCACUCCCACAUAGUCCUGCUAGAGUUGCUGAUGGACAGAUUAAUGCUUCUUCUUCAGAGUUUCAACGUUCAUACAGAGCUGUUGCUUGAGAAUCCGAGAGCUUUUUCAUCUGGUCAAAAUGAAUCCUCUGUUUCCAUCGGUCCUGUGGUCAAACGCUUCUGGAACAACCUACUUCAGCUCAGCAAUACACAAACACAACAGAGCAUCUCCAUUGCAAGUACCCAUAAAACCACCUCAACUACGCCUGAUUCCUCUUCCCACCACGGAAGAGCGUCCGCCGCAGGCUCGUGUGUGUCUCGGUCCGCUCACACUGUGAGCUGUCAGACGGUAGAGUUGGCCCUGGUGCCCUGUGAGAACUGUGCUUGUGUUCAGACGGUGAUGAAGGAGAGCAGUGAUGCUCUAGUGUCUCUGUGCCGGUCUCUGGGUUUGCCUUGCUCCAUGCAGGGCUUCCUGGAAGCUGUGGAGGAAACACAGCAGCUGGGCCGCUUGUCUGCAUGUGACAUUUCCCAAUGGGCAAGUGAGCAGCGUAAGGAUAUGAGCCGUGUUGGGAAACAUGUUCUGGAGGUGAGAGAAACUGUUGAGCCACUGAAAAAGAAGCUGAAAGAGACAGAGAUGGAGCGAGAGAAGCUGAGAAAACAGCUAGCAGAGAUGGUCAGAAGAGAGAAGGAGGAGAGGAGGAAGAUGGAGGAGGAGUGUGAGCGCAGAAUGCAGGAGGUGAAGGUCAAGGGAGAGGAAGCAGUCAGGAGGUUAAAGGAGGAGCAGGAGGAGUUAAAGAGAGGUGUGACGUUAUUAGAGGCCAAAUAUUCUGAACUCACAGCAGAACUGAAUUUGCAGACAGAAGCAAAACAAAGUCUUGAAUGUGAGAGGGCAGCACUACAGGAGCAAGUUCAUCAUCUGCAUAAUUCACUAGAGAACAUGUUAAAAGAGGUGGAGGAGAGCAGGACAAACCUGGAGAAGGAGCUCAGAUGUACACAGACACGGUUAGACAAAGAAAGCGCCAAAAACCACAGUGUGCAACGCCAGCAUGAGGCUCUUCAGGUGAAGCAGACAGCUCUCCGGAAGCAUCUGGAUGUGCUGGUUCAGCAGACUGAGGAUCUACAUAACAGUCUGGAAGAAUGUGAGGAUGAAAAAGCUGAUCUCACCAACAAACUCGCAGAGAUCGUACAAGAAAAAGACACACUUCAGGAGCAACUCACACAGCUGCAGUCCCGGUGUAGUUCACUGUGUAUUGAGAAGCAAAGGCAGCAGACACAAAUCACAGAACUGGAGGAGAGGAUGUCUCGUCUGACAGAGAUGCUGGAAGAAGCUGCUCAGAGAGAGCGGAUACUGGUGGCCUUUCCGGAGCUGAGUCCACAAGCAGCACCACAGACUACAGGUGAUGUGAUGUGUGAUAUGGAGCAGCAGCUGAAGGCAAAUGCAGUGAGGAUCAGGGUUCUGCAGCAGGAGAACGUCUCCCUGAGCAACAGUCUAGACAGACUGAAGGACAGAGAGGAAAAACAAAGAUCUUCAGACUCUGGGAUAGUAGAGAUGGACAGGAGCAGAGAAGCUGCAGCAAUGGGACCCUUGGAGAGCUCUAGCAACUCCUCACCCACCUCCCCUUCAUCCAUUCUUCAUCAUCAAACUCUCUGCCUCUCUCUCCAUCAAGAUGUGGAAGAAAGAUACAAGAACAUUCGUCAGGCUGCUCGCAUCCGGUCUGCAGGCACACGUCGCAGGAGGAAGUGAUGUCACUUAAU